AUGAAUAACAGUCUUCUGGCAGAAAACGCCUCAUACUUCAUAACAGUACAGGUAACAAAGGAUGAAAGGCACGCUGAGUACACUCAGGAAGUGUUUAUCGUUCCUGGCGAUCCACCAGAAGUGCAAAUCAGGUGUAUAGAAAACUGCGAUACCAAACUGAGCCCAUCUGGUAGAAUGGCUUUACAGGGCAUGUGUACAGGUGCUUCAUGUCAUGGUGACCUUAUUUUCAAGUGGACAGUUUUAAAAGACUUGAAUAACUCUUCAAACAGUUCUCAGUGGACUGAGGUUUUAGAGAUACAGGAAUUGAUAGUUACUCGAGUUUCAUCAAAAUCUCUCGUCACUAGGCCUGGAGGGCUGACACCCGAUACCAGGUAUAAGUUCAUAUUGACUGCCCAACGACCAGGUGGAUACCGCGGGUGUUCCGAGUAUCAUGUGACCUCAAACAGCCUGCCUGUUGGUGGAGUAUGCAGUGUAAGCCCGACAUCAGGAGUCACUCUUACAACAGAGUUUACUUUUGCCUGUAAUAACUGGCAGGAUCCAGACCUUCAGUUACAGUAUGAAUUUAUUUACCUCACAAAUGAAAAUCUUCUCAAUGUGGCAUACAAAGGCGUAAAAAAAAGCUUAACGACCAAACUUCCAGCUGGAGAGAGGGAAAAUAACUUUACCAUCGACUUUCGAGUGCGAGUGACUAACAUGGUGGGAGUAUUCGUUGAAAUGAGGACCCCUGUUCAGGUCUUAGAACCCAGCAUUGAACAAGCAAACCUCUCAGACAUUGUCCAAAACCUCACAACUGGAGAUGAAAGUGAGCUGAAGUAUUUGAUCCAGUCAGGUGACGUGUCACGUGCUCUACAAUUGACGGCGGCAGCCAUUUCGGUCGUCGAUGUCAUUGCGCUUAGGAAAACGACCGAAAGUCAGGCCCAUGAAUUGACAGAGAAACGGAUUAUGAUGAAAUCAAACUUAAUACAGCUGUUGUCCACCAUCCCAGUAGAUACAGUCGUUAGAGUCCAGCAGGUGUCAAAUGUGAUUGCCUCCGCCAGCUCGGUCAUUGACGAGGUUACCGUUGAAGCACAGAAGGAUGCAAUAGAUGCACUUGGAAAGAUGACUGCAGUUUUGAAGAUGGAGAGUACAGCUGAUGGAAAAUACGACACGCUCUUUAAUUGCGCACAGAGUCUUGUGAAUGGUUUUGGUAGCAUUCUUAGGGUAGCAUCAGAUGAAGCUAGCAUAUACGAUUCGCAUUCGCAGGAAAAGUCGUACAUCAAAGCUAGCUUCAUAAGAACAGAUGAACGACUCCCACGAAAGAGGCGGAGGUUGGCCUUCAGGUCAAGAACUUCUUUGUCAUAUUCAUUGGCCAGAAGGAGCGAGAGAGACGCUUCUUACGCCCAGCUACAGUCUCGAAUCCACGUUGAGCUUAUACUCAAGUCUUUAAGAGAGAUCGGAAGUAUCAUCUUGUCCCGAACUCUCGUUGGUGAGGAGCCGAAGAAGUUUUCAGCCCCUGCCAUGUCUCUUUUAGUGUUGCGAGAGGAGCCGGAUUUCCUCGUUAGGACUGUUUUGACGAACAAAGGAAAUAGUUUUCAGCUUACUUCAUUACCUAUCCAGUUGGCUGUUACCCAGUAUGUAGAUAGCCAGAUGAUAACAACAGACUUUACACCUUUUUCUUGGGACACCUCAGGCUCAAGAGUGACGACUGCAGUUUCAAGCCUUGAACUUGAGAACAGUUCUAGUUAUUUUCUGAAUACAACACGACUGACAGCCCCGAUUACAAUAAGACUCCAGAACCUCCAAGACCUCACAAAUUCUUCUCAGUCUCAUUACGUUGGAGCCAACAGAACUGUUUUCUACAAGUUAAAUGUCAACCAAACUGGGAUGGCCUUGAUGCUUAAGAUUCGUCCGGAAAGCAAUAAGACAAUAUUUUUGGUGACUGUUAAGUAUGGAAAGCGGUCUUCUGAAAGUGAGAGCGACUUAAAUUUAACAAUACCUGACGUUUCGUCUUGCGAUAAGAUACCAGAUGGUUAUGUUAACUGUUCACGUAAUCCUUAUCUAGUAUUCUUGAACCAGGAAUUUGUAGAGGGCAAAGGUCUUGGUUACUACUUCAUCGGUCUUACAUUCGUGUCAAGAAUUUCUGAGAUCUCUCGUAUUAGACGCUGCACAAAGCAAUCAUGUGUGCAAUACAAAGAACCGCCAACUAAGGGUGCAAGUUUCAGCGUACCUCAUUACCGGAAAGGUGAUGGAAAUUACACGAUACAAGUGAUGCCGGCUGCUUGUCUGUAUUGGAAUGCGGAAAUAUCGCGGUGGACGUCUGACGGAUGCAAGGUAAGCGAAAUGACAACUCAAGAUUACGUUCAUUGCUCUUGUAACCACCUGAGUGCUUUCGGAGGUCAGUUACUUUUGGCGCCCACUCCCAUCGAUUUUGAUAAAGUUUUCACGGAACUGGUUCGCCUACCAGACAGUGGAAACUUACCUGUAAUAAUAGCGGUUAGCUGUGUGUUUGGUCUUUAUCUUGGACUUCUGCUAUGGGCUAGAAAGAAUGACAAACUUGAUCUCGUGAAGGUGGGCGAGAGGGCACUUAUAGGAGUACCUAUGCCUUGGUCUCAUAUCGUCGAGGUUCAAGUAUCAACAGGCGUCUGGCGAAACUCGGGCACCACCGCUAACGUUUUUAUUGUACUGGAGGGAAAAUUAGGUACCAGUCGACCGUACCAUUUGAAGCACGAUUCGUGCAUUCCUUUUGCAAGAGGGAGUAUUAUAUCCUUCGUUAUUUCCAUUCCGGUCAACAUUGGCACCAUAAAAACCGUUCGCGUAUGGCAUGACAACUCGGGCACCAGUCCAUCAUGGUUUUUGAAUCAGAUCAAAGUUAGCGAUCCGUUCACUAAGAUGCAAAGGAACUUUGUGUGUUUUGCGUGGCUGGCAGUUGAUAAAGGUGAUGGAUUAAUUGAUCGCACCCUUGGUUUCACAUCAGCAGAUGACAAAGGAGUUGAUUUUUCCGUAUAUGUUCGGAAUAGAAUUGCCGAAGAAGUUACUGAUUUGCAUUUAUGGUUUUCUGUCGCUACAAGACCACCAAGAUAUCGAUUUACUCGUGUACAACGUUUAUCUUGCUGUCAAGCACUAUUGCUGACAACCAUGCUAACCAGUGCUAUGUUUUACGAACAUCAAACCGCGGUGGACAACACACAGGGAUCGCUUAGGUUGGGCCGUUUUGUUGUAAACUUCAGAGAGUUCAUCAUUGCAGUGCAGAGCCUCAUGGUUAUAUUUCCUGCCUAUAUUUUGACCGUGCAACUUUUUGCUCGAACUCGAUCCUCGAAAGAGAAUAAGAGAAUGGCUCUCAAAACCAACGCAAGGACGAAAUUUAGCAAGAGGAAACGCGAGUUUUCUUUCCCACACCGCUUUAUUUUCGUUCCUUGGCUCUUCUGUUUCCUCCUGUCGACCUGUGGGGCCGCUUUUGUUAUCUUUUAUAGUCUACAGUGGGGUGCAGAUAUAAGUGAGCAGUGGCUGGUUUCGGUUGCAAUGUCAGUUUUGUUGGACUUCUUUGUAACGCAACCUUUCCGAAUCAUCGUCGUUGCUUUUAUACUGCCUCAUAUUUUUAAAAGGGUACCUGAUAGGUCUGCCUGGAAAUCUAGCCCGGAAGACGCAAAGGUUGAUCUCGAAGAUAUUAAAGUUGGCGGGCUAGGCUAUGAUGAGGCCGACGAGAGAGAACUUAAAACACCAAAGCCCUUAACAACGAGAAAAUUACGUCGUGCAAGGGCCGCUCGAAUGAGGGAGGCGUAUAUGUAUACAGCCCUUCGGAAUAUAGUAUCAUACAUACUGUACUUGUUAAUUCUGCUUGUUGUUUGUUACGGUGGGCGUAGCGAACAUGGGUACCUGAUGACAUCGUCCAUGAAGAAUACAUUUGGAGAACUUAAUAAGAUUUCAGAUCGCUUUAACACAUGGAACUGGUUACGUGACGUUUUGGUACCCGGGCUUUUUGAGGACGGAAAAGAUGUUACCUUAAAUAGUUCUAGUCCUUACAUUGGAGAUGGCGACGCUGUUCUCGUUGGGAUGCCUCGUCUUAGGCAGCUACGAGUCAAAGAAGGUUCUUGUGAUGUCAGCAUAGAGGAAUUGACAACCCCAUUCAACUCCUGCGUGGCUGCGUACACAUUCAGUAACGAGGACAAAACCAGCUUCCACGGGAGAAAAUGGCGUUUGUCUUCUUCAUUUAGGAACGAGUCACGCAUUCGUCUUCCUCAGGUCUGUCCAAGUGCUUGGUAUUAUUCUCCACCCCAGCAAACACUAAAUCUUCCCCUAUGGGGAAGACUGCAUCUGUUUAACUUUUAUGGUGAAGGAGGUUACAUGGCCGAGCUAGGUUACGACAAAACUGAUGCGCUGAAAGUCGUCUCUGAACUAAACCUGUUUGACUGGAUUAGCAGGUUUACUAGUGCAAUAAUUUUUGAGUGCGCGGUUUUUAACUCUCAAGUAAAUUUGUUCAGUGUGAUUUGGAUCCCUAUAGAGUUUUCGCCAAGUGGUCUCGUGCUAUCUAAUCACAUGAUUCAUACGAUGCACCUAUAUGACAUUGGUGGAGGCUACAGUACUGUUACCAUAACCUGUCAAUUGUUACUAGUGGUUUAUAUUAUAUACUUUGUUAUUAAGGAAACGAGGAAUAUGGUCGCGGGAAUUCGAAUGUAUUUCUCACGUUUUCUCAAUUGGGUUGAACUCCUCCAGACUAUAGCGGUCAUUUUCUUUGUGAUUGCUCACAUCAUGAAAGAAACAGAGCUCUUUGCUACCUCAGCUAAACUUAGGAAAAACACUUUUCAAUUUAUCAGCUUCAAUUGGGGAGUUCUUCUACAAGACAUGGAAACGAUAUUGAUAUCGAUACUGAUGUUUUUGAACACUUUGAAGUUGUUGUAUUUGCUCAAAUACAAUCCCCGUGUGAGGCAUUUAUUUUAUGCAAUGAAAGGAUCUGCGCGGGAACUCGCUCAGUGCUCGAUUGUAUUCGCUGUUUUCAUGUUUGGAUGUAUCCAUGUAGGAUAUCUUCUGUUUGGGAGAGAACUUUACUCUUUUUCUUCACCUUUCAUCAUACUGCAGUCUCUUCUGGUCGAAGGAGUCGUUGGUGGCGGAGUCGACUAUUUUAACGAUUGCUGCACAGUCGUUGGCCCUGUUUACUUUACGGCGAUAAAAAUGGCAGUGAAUCUUAUUUGCAUCAAUAUUUUCAUUUCUGUUCUUGUUUAUAAUUAUGGUCGCAUUAGGGAACUCUCCAGAGGAAAAUUUGCUCUUGGACGCUUCGUGAUAAUGAAAACGAAAGAACUUCUAGGUUGCGUGGGCGACCGCCAGGGAGCGAAUGGAGACAUUUCUGCGCAUGAUUUACCGAUAGAGGAGGACAUUCUUCCUGAGGCAGCUGAGAUAUUGGCAAAGUUGGAUCAGAUUAAUCAUCUUUUAAAUGUUCACUACGCCGAAGAAUUUUGUGAAGACCUUGAACUGUUUUCUUUGUGGUUUGAUCUCCACAUGCAAGCCAAGAAAUCCAAAGAUUUACAAGAAAAAUGGGUCGAUGCACAAGACAAUUUUGAGGCUGCUGUAGAAGAAGAUUGGGUUGAUGCACAAGAAUAA